CAGAGUGCUGGUCCGGAAUAGACUCAUAUCGACUCAUUUUUCUUUUGAUUUUCUUUUAUAUCCGUUAAAAUUUUCAAUGUGUCACUAAAAGCCGGCCAAAUUGUUGAACGAAACCCAAAAACAGAUCUCGAGCCAAAAUUGAAAGUGCGCCGUCUUUAGUCCGCGCAACCGCCAAACGAAUCUACCGGGCUGAAAAGCGAUGGCCAAGGAUCAGGAGGGGGAACAGACGUAUGAAUCAUCCGCCCCGGCGGAGUCCUCGGAGGACCAAAAACGGGAGCAGCGGGCCCGCCUUAUCAAAGCCUUGAGCCGCUUCAAGCCACGAGAUGCCAAUCCGUUGCAGUUCUACAAUUGCGUCCGCGAACUGUGCAUAAUGCACAAUUGCAGCAUCGACGAGGGUCUGGAACGGGCCGCCUUAACUUGGCCGGGACUAAGUAUGCGCCAGCGAGAGCUCUACGAUUCGCAACGUCAUGCUGAGCUACCGAUCCCAGUCCCGCGGCAUCUCAUCUACCGCGCCUUCCAGAAGGAGAGCAAGGGCCUGUGGUCCCUGGGCCGCUCCUCGGUGGGUGGCGGUGGCAAGCGGACCACCCGCUACACCCUGGAAUCCUACAAGCCGCCGCCGAAGUUGUCCCGCCUGCGAAGCCAGCUGAACGAGAAGCGUCCCAAGUACGAUAACCUCCUCGAUUUGCCACCAAAAGUGGCUGCAUCCCGAGUGCCGCCGGCGCCAAAUCGCAAAUUCUCGCGGGUUUCCCCGUCCUCGGGUCGCAGAAUUCGCAGUCUUACACCUCCGGUGGUGAGGCGUGUCCAAUCCAUACGACAGAUCCUUUCGAUGGCCAGUGUAGAGAUGAAAAAGCCGUCCAGGCGGCGAUCAGGUCAGGCGAAAAGCCAUCGUACAAAGAAAAUGGAGCCCGGAAAAACGCAACCCUUAGCGACAGGAGCAUCCAAAUCGCUCGGAAAUCAAAAGAAGACCAACAAACGAAAGGGCAGCAGCUGCUCGUCCAAGGUCAAACGGUUGGCCAAGGAGGAGGUUGCGAAGACGACGUCACAUAACUGGGAUCUGGCCAUCGGUUGUGUUCGCCGGCGCAUCCAGAUGCACCAGCAGCCCUCCAAGUCAAGAUCAUAGCCCUGUGGCCCUAUAUAUCUCAUAUAUAUAUUCUGUGUAUUAUAUAACUUGUUGCAGAAAUGCUCUAGUGUCUCCCAAGUGAACAGACAGAUUGUCGAUCUUUAGAUAAAUUGAUGGUAUAAAAUUGACGUACAAAA